ACUUUUGAAAAUAGCGUUCCUAAUGUCUGAGUGUGAUGAUCACAUUCAUGCGACUAAAAAGUUCAAACACAGUGAAUCCAAUGAGAAAUCAAAUGAAAAUCAUGACAAGCGUAAACAAGUUGAUGCACAUGUUCAAGCUUUCCUCAAGGCUGUACUUGAUCAUGCUCAUGGUGGUACUGUCAGGCAAACAAACAAUCCAAACAAAAAAGAUAAAUCUGUGAUAAAAAAGGAUGCUUCCACUCAGACAGAAGAACAGAUUGACUUGGACUUUGAAUCAUGUUCGUACAACCCAGAUCAGUCAGUUUCUGAAUAUCUGGGUUGCAACAAGAAUGAACAAAGUAGUCGAGUUCCUAAUCGAGAAAUGUACAGCGAGGAAGCAUUAAAUUUACUUUCCCAGCAGAGUUUUUAUUCUGAAGAAGCACAAAACGAUCUCUCUUUUAAUGACAACUCCAACCAUUGCUAUUCCACUCAAUGUGAUACUGGUCUCUUAAGUCAUGGUGUUAGUAAUAAGAGUACCCGCAUUUCUUCUAAUAAGAUCAAAAGAGCAAUAGACGAAUGGGUUAAAAAAUAUGAAGAUUGGUUUUUUCAAAACUUUGGAAUGGAUGUACGAACGGCUUCCCAUUCAAUUGAAUCAAAACCUGAGAGUGAACUCAAACAAAGUUCAGAAGUAAUUAUUGGUGCUCAAACAUUGUUCAACACCAAUUCAUCCGAUUCUCAAAUGCUAAAUCCUUGCGUUAUAUCACACUCACCUGUUAGUUAUUUCAUCCCAGAGGGUUCGUUGUGCACAAUCGAUGGUAGGUUUUCACCAUACUACUCCCUCGUCCCUUCAUUUUACCUUUCCCCAACUUUAAGCAACACCCCCCUCGGUUUACACUCUAAUAUGACAGCUUUCAACUUCGGCGUUGGCCUACCAUUGUAUCCAAAUCAUACAUUUAUCCCUACCACCAUUAAUACAACCAUGCCUAAUGCAGUCGUUUCAUACCCAUCGAAUUUCGCCAACCAGCUAGGUGCUUCUACAAUGUCAUUUCCACCAAUUGUAACCAGCACCACUACAACGUGCAAUACAACAAACUUUCAUGUAGGCACAUCCUUUCCUAUACCUCCGACUAUUCAACACAAUCACUGCAUCACUUCCUUCGCAGAUCUGCCCAGUGAGUUACAAACAUCUGCAAUGCUUGCCACUUUAGCCCUUCCAGUUGCUGACAGUCAACAUAGCUUAGGUCAGUGGGGACCACAUUUAAAAUAUGGGACUUAUGGUCGGCUCCCAUCUCCCCUUGACCUAGAAGCUUUUAAUUCCCAUAAACAGUCAUCUGAGUUCGGGCAAAAUCAAGCGAACCAAUUAUCCUAUUCAUCGCCUGAUUUAUCAAACAAAUCUCCCACUGCUUCUAAUAAAUCAGUGAAAAUGCCUCCUCCACCCCCCACCUUCAUUCUUUUAAGAAGGCAAGCAAUGGUCUGUGCACUCCAGCUAUGUUGUCGGGAACGUGGAAGUGAACUAUUUCUUCGUGAAAAGGAAAGUUGUAGUGGCUUAUCAAUUGACUUUGUGAAGGAACUAGCCCAAGUAGUUGAAUCCAGUAUUGGCCUUCGGCCCACAUAUAUUUUUACAAAAAUCACAGAUCUUCCCCAGAGGGAACGUUCUUUCUUUCUGAAUCCUGAAGUUCAAAAAUAUCCUCAAAAUCACCUAUCUUCUAUUUCAAAUACCGAAAAAGCAUUUGAUAUCAAACAAUUAAUUGCUUGUGAUCUUUUGAUUGGAGAUGUGCUAAUUGCAGAAUCACUUUCAGCAUCUAAAUCCCUCGCACAAAUCUGCACUGCGCGACAGGCUUUUCAGAUUUUAUCUCGACCUUGUUUCCUUGUCGGAUCUGUACGUCAAUGGGAGGAGGUGGAAUACUUGGUUUUAUGUUUAAGUCCGAAAGCUGAAAUAGUUCCUAAACUAUCUCCAUUUCUCAAGGAUCCUUUCGAAUCCAACUUCGAAAAAGAUGGUGAAUUUGAAGGUGAUGGGAGCAUCACCACAGUAUUCACCCCUAAACCAUUUGAUGAUAUGUGGAUUUACCUAGCACAACUUCCAAAAGAAAAAUUACAUGAUCAGUUUCAUCUAGAGAGAAUUUUGGCCCAGUCUGCUGAAUUCAGUCAAAUGCUUAUCAGCUUUGAAUUUGAAGUGCAAACAACCACUGGUCAAAUUAUAUGUAAUACAUUAAUUGAUAAUCAGCGUUGUUUAAGCGUUGAAUGUCCAGAUCUUCAUGGUGCUCAGCAAUCGGCACUGAGUAGUCUGCUGAAUAAAUUAUGUGCUACUCAACCUGUGGUUGGUUUAAUAUUCUCACGGGAAGAAGAAUUCGAUGAUGACACUUCUUCAUCUCUCUGGGGAAUUCCUGAAUACCUUAUGGUUGAAAAUCUCAUGUGGGGUAAAGAAGAACUGGAUUCACCAAUACAUUUUGAACAACUAGAAGCUCACUGUGAAAUUCCAACUCUUUCUCCAACACAUCUUGUUUGUGAUGGAUUCGUGAUUACAUUCUGCAAAUUCCGUUUACCAUGGGAUGUGACCUUCGGUUUGGGCACCCGGGCAGUAUCUCAGCCCACACACAAAAACUUGAUGAACAGUCUACUAAUGGAAAAUAUUCUUUUCACCCCGUUUAACAAUCAAACAACUCGCAUUAUUAUUAUUAUUAUUAUUAUUAUUUACUACGUCAUUUAUUCACUCUCUUUUAUUCCUACUCUAUCUAUCCUUAUUUUUCGACUUCUACAGCAGAUCGCCUAUGGUAGAAAUUCGGCUCUAUGAAACGUUUUCGAGUCACUGCCUGGUUGAAAAUUGUAUGUUACCACCGAAUACGAGUACUGAAGCAGUUUUUCUGAAACCACGUGCACCAUUCAAACUGGCUGCCUUCAACGUUCGCACACUUAUGCAGGUCGGAUAACAGAUAGGUCUGGCUAUGUCUUUGGAAAGUCUUAAUAUUGACGUUUGUUGUCUAUCCGAGACCCGUAUUCAAGACUCUGGUGAAGUACUACAAGUUCGCUCUCCAUCUGUCACUUCAAAAAGCUUGUUUUAUGUGCGUUUAUCCGGGAACACUGUGGCAUCGUCUGGUCUUGCUGGCGUUGGUGUCGCACUAAGCGCAAGAGCUGAGGCAGCACUAGUCGACUGGAUCCCCAUUAACAGUCGGUUAUGUGCUGUUAGAUUAGAAAGUUCCAUCAAAGUGAGAAGAAAUCGGCGUGAGAAACGAUGUCUUUUCGUCAUCUCCGCCUAUGCCCCAACAGAUUGCAGCCCGGAUGCAAUCAAGGACGACUUCUACCACCUGUUAACUGUUUUCCAGAAAGUGCGUUCGACAGAUAUUGUAGUACUAGCCAGAGACUUGAAUGCUCAGGUCGGGCGUCUAGGCACAGAAGAGAGUCGUUUAGGUGGCCGAUGGGGACUCGUUGGUCGCAGGACGGAUAACGGGGAACGUCUACUGCAACUAUGUACAAACCACAACCUGUUUCUGGCUAGCACUAACUUUCUGCACAGUCAUCGCCGAUGUGCCACCUGGCGUCCCCCUUCUGCAUCUCAAGCCUGGACUCAGAUUGAUCACAUCGCGAUCAGCUACCGCUGGCGUGGUUGUGUACAAGACUGCCGCUCCUUUUGGAGUACCUAUCUGGAAUCUGAUCAUGCUCUGGUCUGCGCCAAUUAUACCUUACUUUUCAGUGGACAAAGAAGUGACAGCCACCAAAGGAUUGAUGUUAGCAAGCUGGUUGCAACUUCUGUUGCUAGUAAGUAUCGAAUCGAGCUAGCUUCUAGGCUAGCUACCAUUCCACCGAAAAGUAUAGAUAAGCAUUGGUUGCAAUUGCAUGACGCCAUGAAAAUGGCGGGUCAAGUCUGGUGUAGGUUCGCGAAACGUCCCGCUUACAAGCACUGGGUUUCUUCUGGUUCCUUACAACUGAUUGAAGCCCGUCGGUCUACUCCGGGUGACCGUGAGUUUGACCACAAACGAAGGAUGUUACGUAAUGAAACCGGGCAAAGCUUGCGUAAGGACCGAGAAGCCUGGUGGCUGGAGCGUGCUAACGAGCUGGAAGCAGCAACUGCAUCUGGUAAUUACCAGAAGCUCUUCCAACUCAUCCGAGCCACUGGCAGCAAGAAGUCUGGUGUGAGCGAAACGAUCUGCGAGGAUUACGGAACGCCAAUCACUAACAUCCAUCGACGUCUUGGACGAUGGGCAGAACUUUUCGAAGGGCAGUUCAACUGGCCUGCUGCUCCGGCAACAUCGGUCAGACUGUCCUGCCCUCCAUGGCCGGUGACGACUGAUCCACCAAAUGAGGCGGAAGUCUGAAGGGAACUCCAACUCUUGAAACGUUACAAAUCACCGGGCCCAGAUGACUUACCUCCGGCUCUUUUUAAAGAUGGUGAUGACUUUCUGACUAAGGGACUGACGACGUUGUUUACAAAGGUCUGGGAACUAGAGAGUGUACCAACGUCAUGGAAUGAGUCGAUAGUUGUCCCUAUCUUUAAAAAGGGUUCACGUCGUUCCUGUACCAACUAUCGGGGGAUAAGUCUACUUCCGAUUGCGUCCAAGCUAUUGGUUCCGUUAUACUUCGUAGGUUGUUCAAAACCCGAGAAAGAUUGACUCGCGAGGAGCAGGCUGGGUUUCGUUGUGGUCGAGGAUGUAUUGAUCAUAUCUUCACCCUCCGCCAAGUGUUAGAACAUCGCCAUACUUAUCAAAGGCCAACAAUCAUAGUGUUUCUUGAUAUCAGGGCUGCUUUCGAUUCGUUGGACAGAACAGUUCUCUGGGAUUGUCUAUUGAAGAAGGGUGAGCCUGAGAAGUUUAUUAACAUCCUAAAAGCCCUAUUCACAAACACCUCAGGCAGAGUGAGGGCAUACAAUCACCUUUCUCCAUUGUUCCAUUCGGGCAGUGGGGUUAGGCAGGGUUGCUUAAUCUCACCAUUCCUCUUCAGCUUUGCCAUCGAUGACAUUCUGGAAACAGCUCUGAUAAAUGUAAGUAAUGGUGGUGUGGAUUUGUUGCCUGGAGAAAGGCUUCUCGACCUUGAAUAUGCGGAUGAUAUUGUCUUACUGUGCGAUAAUGCUCAAGCCAUGCAAUCCGCACUUAAUCAGUUGGCAAUCAAUGUCUGAAUAGUGAAAGUCAAAGUGGCUUAUGCCAAUCUGGGCCAUCUUUGGCGCCUUCGUGAUGUUAGUCUGGCUGUAAAAGGUCGGAUCUACAACGCGUCGGUGAGAGCAGUUCUGCUCUAUGCUUGUCAAACCUGGCCUCUCCGAGCUGAGGAUGUUAGACGACUCUCUGUGUUCGAUCAUCGUUGUCUCCGAAGGAUUGCUGGCAUCCAGUGGCAACACCAUGUUAGUAAUGCAGAGGUUCGGCAUCGAGUGUUUGGCCACAGAGACGAUAAUGAAAUUGGUGUCACCAUCUUGAAACACCGACUUCGGUGGCUUGGACAUGUUCUAUGAAUGUCGUCCCAGAAAAUUACCUGUCGUGCAUUAUUUGCCGACUCUGGGACUGGUUGGAAAAAGCGGAGAGGUGGUCAGUAGAUGACAUGGUGUCGUGGUAUGAAAGAAAGCUGCAAAGAGCUAGCUUCUGUUGGUCCUUCACGACUCCCUGGUUGGGGUCCGAGAGACGGUGUAACGCAGUGGCUAGAGACGUUAUCAGAUAUGGCUAAGAAUAGAAGCCAGUGGCGAUCCUGCUGUAGCCUCUUACUUUCUUCAUAAAAAGUGGUUGUAUCUUCCUUAACUGAAAGAUUUCUCCUGAUUGUACCUUUUCGUUUCCCCCAUUAUUACUAGCAUUACACUACCCUACACUAAUCCGGUCGUUAUUGAUUUUUUUCCCUUCUAUUUAAAUUCCUCCUUUUUUUGUGUGGUGCAUAUAUAUUUGGUGCCCCUUGUCCCAAUAUUUAUAUGUUCAAAUAAAUAAAUACAAUAAUUAAAAGAUGUUGAUUGUUCAGUAUACAAUUUUGGUGCAUUUUGUGAUUACUUACUGAUUAUCAUUAUUCAGGAUUAUAAAAUGACAUAAUUCUUAAUUUUUGAAUAAAUAACCUUUUGUAUAUUUUAUCUUACUUUAGGUGCAGAUACUAAUAACAAUCAU